UUCCAAGACUAGCUAGCUGCCAGCCAGCGUUCCAUGUUGGCUGUAAUACAAAGAAGGAAGGUAUUGACUAGUGGUUCUUAAAUGCAUCGAUGUUCCCAACAGGGUUCUCAAUCAAAACAUACAGCAACAGCAACUAAGGCAGCACGGAUACAACGGCGGUCCGAUGUCACUCAAAGCCACCCGAGAGCUAAGGUACAGAUAUAGUAGGGGUUUAUCUGCUGUCCUCAUCGCAUAGGCCCAGGCCGGGGUGGGCUCGCCGGCGGCCACACAGUACGUACUCCUCAUCUAGACUGUUCUUGUUCACUAAUGGACUUUACUACGGAUACAAGCAAUCUCUUUGCCAGGAAUUGCUAUCUCGCAAACCAACAAACAGCAAGGCGGUUUGGCUAGACAGUUCCGAGUGCGUGUUCAUCCCAAUCCGCGUCUACUUUGUUCACAACAACGACGCAAUCUCCCAGGACACCUCUGAUUCUGUACAGUCAUCAAGAGAAGCCAUUCGCAGUCAAGAAUGGCUUGCCAUACACGGAUAUACCCCUGAGACACAUCGACCAACAUCCAAACAGCACCGCCAGGGCUAGCAAUGAACUCCCCGUUUCCAAAGUCUUCAUCUGUUGCCGGCGAGGGCGAGAUUGUGGCCCAGCUGCUGCCGAAUGGCCUCUCGGGUCUCAAGGCUAUGUCGUACCAGUAUCCUUUGAAACUCAUCUCACCCACCCCGGCAGCCGACCAGAAGAGCGUUCUAGUCUUCCUGUUAUCGUACGGGGGCGGGCUCGUCGGAGGCGAUAGCGUCAACCUGUCAAUCCGCGCUCUCUCGGGAUCGAAGCUCAGCGUUGUCACGCAGGGUCACACGAAGAUAUUUAAGUCCGCUUCUCCCGACAUAGUCACGCGCCAGACCCUCGAGGUCCACAUCGAAGACAAUGCCGGCAUUUGCCAGUUGCCCGAUCCGGUACAGCCCUUUGAUGGGAGCGUCUAUGAGCAGAUGCAAAUAUUCACAGCUGCCCCCAGCGCAUCUCUGUGUCUACUGGACUGGGUGACGCAGGGCAGAACGGCACGCGGCGAAGACUGGAGCUUCAUCAAGUGGACAGGCCGCAACGAAGUCUGGUCAUCAGGAGAAAGGCCGCAAGGCAAGAACCGUCUGCUUGUGCGAGACACGGUCACUCUAGACAGAAACAGCCAAGGCUUGGUCGGCAGGUCAUUGCGAGACUCCAUGCAUGGAAACGGGCUAUUUGGUACAUUGAUCCUUCGAGGGCCGCAGAUGCACGCCCUAGGCAACUUUUUCCUUGACGAGUUUGGUGUCUUGCCGCGGCUCGGCGCGAGGGAUUUCAGAUCAGCAGAGGCCAAGGCUACGGAGGAGAGCAACUCAACGGAGGAUGAGUUAUGGCGGGCGAAGCGCAUAGAGAUGGAGGCUAAGGACGGCAUCUUGUGGUCAGCGGCGAGAGUCAGGGGAUGCGUCAUUGUGAAAUUCGGAGCGAGCACUGUUGAAGCUGGGCGGUUAUGGAUUGGCAACAUGUUGAGUCGAGAGGGCAGCGUAGCAGCACUUUACGGGGAGCAGUCGUUGAUGUGUCUCAGAUGAGGAAUCAAGAAGCAUUCUGAAGAGAUGAUUGUAAUGCCUCACAAAUAUAUAUAGAUACACGCAAAACCUGGGUGGGAUGUAUCUUCAGUCAGAAGGGAGCAACACCGCGGGGGUGACUCAACCCCACUUUGCC